CAUAUUUUCUGUUUGGGAGGGUCGUGCAUGUUUCCGUGGCUUCGUCCGCCGAUGAAAGUGCCACCUGUACUAUUUUUAGAUUAUUAAUCUUUGCUCUCGCGGACCUACCAUCUAUUAACAAUUAAGAAGGUGGUGAUCGUUCGCUUCUGUGAAUUGCAACAUUUUCGUGUUGCGUGUGUUUUAGGUGAAAUUUAAGUGCAAUACUUUCGAUCGUCGCAGUUUUGAAGUCUAUUAUCUGCGGUUGCGGAAGCGAAUUCUCUCUGCGAAUUCGUCGUGCCGCUCUCGUGAAGGACGGUCGGACGGGUCUCUGACCUCUCGCGAUUACUACGUCGACGACAACACUGACUCGCCUUGCCAUGAGGCACGAAGGGUGACAAUCAGCGGGUGUCCGAGCCGAACGGAAAAUGACUGUGUCCAGCCUCCGAUGAAUUUGGUACCGAAAAGCGUGCUGAAUAUCGGAAGAUCGGAAAACAUGGCUUCCACAUCGUCCGCUCAUGUGCUGAUGAAAAAGGGCAAGCGGGCCGCGGCGACCUACGUGCACUCCGAGUGCGCCCAAACGCCCAUCCCCAAGAACCUUCACGAGCUUCUUGACCUGAUCCUCAAGCCGAGCAAACCCAUUGAUGAGUGGGAGGCCAUCGACUGGUGCAAAUGGUUGAUGGCUGGUGGGCGAACUCCUGACGAAUUCUCGGCCAUCGUGCACGGCUAUGACAAUGCGACCACUUGUGGCCUGGUGUGGACGGCGAACUUUGUGGCCUAUCGAUGCCGGACGUGCAGCAUAUCCCCUUGCAUGUCCCUGUGCUCCGAGUGCUUCCAAAAGGGCAACCACGAUGGUCACGACUUUAACAUGUUCCGCAGUCAGGCUGGAGGCGCCUGCGAUUGCGGCGACACAUCGGUCAUGAAAGAGACAGGGUUUUGUGAAAAACAUGGCCCAAAGGCUCAAGUAAACAAAGCGGCAGCUCCUGGAGACUUGAUGUGUGUAGCAGAAGCAAUGAUGCCACGAAUCAUCCUCAGACUAAUUCAGCAUCUUCGGCAGAACAGCCAUGUGAAGACAAGUGAAGAAAUGAAGCAAGCUAUCAAAGACGCAGAUGCAUUUUUGACGAUGCUGCAUGACUUUAGCGCAAUGGGUGCAGCCAUGAGGAAAGUUAUGACAGGGGCUCUCACCAAUCCUCAGGUAUACAAAAAUUUGACUGACUACGAAUCUGUGGAAACAAGAGCUGUAUGUAAAGAAAUUGCCGAGUUCAUGCGAGAGAGCAAACGAGUGUACGAGGAGGCCAUCAAAUCUUUGCCAAACCCAGAACCUCCCGAUGAAUAUAAAGAUUGCCCGUCUCUACAGCAGCACCUUGUUCACCACACAUUUUUAGAAGAGCUCGUUUUCUGGACAGUGGUUUUCGAGUUUCCCCAGAAGACUGUUUGUUUUCUCCUUAACAUGCUUCCAGACGUAGAUUACAAAGAAUGUCUCACUCAGGCUUUCGUGCUUCACUACAGCAGGAUAUCCAUGAUGUUAGAAAAGUCAACAGAUCCAGACGCACUUUCAAAUAGAGUAGUCCAUGUUAGCGUUCAACUUUUCUCCAAUGAAAGCUUGGCCAUGAGAAUGGCUGACAAACUGCACUUGCUGCAUGUGAUGGUCAUUAGUUUGAAAUAUAUGAUGAGCAACAUACUCAUCCAGAAUACAUUGCAUGAUGCAGACAAAAACUUUCACUAUGCUGUGGACUGUGCUAGCACAAUCAUGAAGGACCACUGUUAUUGGCCCCUUGUUUCUGACUUGAACAACGUGCUCUCCCACAAAGGCGUUGCUCUCAAAUUCAUGAGUGAUGACUCGCUCCUGAACAUGUGGUUUGAUUUUCUCUCCAUGUUUCAAGGAAUGAAUGUGAACACUAGAGAGACAACACAGCACAUAGAGUUUGAGCCCAAUACUUACUAUGCUGCCUUUUCUGCUGAGCUCGAGGCCAGUGCCUAUCCAAUGUGGUCCAUGGUGUCCCACCUUACUGACCCGGAACUGAUGCCUUACACCAAGAGAGUCCUUAAGAACUGUCUUUCAGCCAUCCAAGAGUGGCUUGAAGCUAUUAACUUCACUUCAGAGAGUGCUGUUGACACAUGCAAGGUGUCGUUUCACUUGCCGCUACAUCGCUACUUCUCGGUGUUCAUGUGCCAGGCAAUUAAGCAACAGAAGAUGUCGCUGAAGGAGAUAUUGCCCCCGCCAGAGGUUUUGCACCUGAUGAUGAUUCACCCAUUGCGAGUGCAGGUUGCAUUUUACGAAAUUUUGACUGGAAAAUGGGUGCGCAAUGGACUUCAGAUAAAAGGUCAAGCAAUGACUUACAUUCAAUGCAACUUCUGCAAUUCCAUGGUAGACGCCGAUAUCUAUCUCCUGCAGGUCUGCGCCACUCAGCUGCCUCCCUCAACAUUCAUCCAGACAGUUUUGGACAAUUUCCAAGUCAAGGAUUGGCUCAGCUUGUCUCCGUACCACUCCAACAACAUUUUUGUAUCAAAACACAACGACCAAAUGCUGGAAAGUUUCCUCACUUUUCUCAGCGUUUUGAUGAGUGUGAGGACCAAUUUGGGCUUGACUGAUGCGUCGCUUAUUCAGCUGGAAAUGGUCACUCUCUUAUGCAUGGGUGACAAAACACACAGUCAGUUGUUGGAGCUGAUGCCUGAGCGAUGUGGAAACUUUCAGGGGAGAGACUUUGAAAGUGAACUCUCUGAGGUUGCCCACUACAGACAGCCCAACCUAGAAGCAGGUGGUAACAUGCAGCAGGGCAUGUAUGCUCCCAGACCACAUGUUUGGGAAAACAUGUAUGAUCCUGUUCACAUCCUCUUGAGAGCUGUACAUCGAAGAGAUUUCCAGAGCUCGUUAGACAACUUUACUGAAUACGCAAGACAAACUGGACAGAUGAAAUCGAAAUCCACACCUUGGCCUCCAUACAGAACACCCUCUCCAGUUGAUGAAGCGUACGAGGAUCCGAGGAAGCUUCUUAAAUGCAAAACCAUGCACGCUGUCAUUUUCUCCGUUUUACUUAGAGCUUUAAAAGCAUCAAACGUUCCGGAACAGACUCUUUCUUUGGCUGUGUUUCUCUUGGAGAUGGCAGUUGACAUGACUGAGCCGCAAAUUUCGGCCACAGAGAUUUGCCAGAAUUUUAGUUCAGAAAGGAAGCAAAUUUAUGAUCUGGAUUUUCAAAAUUGGUUUGAUACUGAUUGGCUGUCUGCCAAUCUGAGAACACAGAUAGACUUGGUCUGUUUGCCUGAAGAAAUGGAUGAAUGCAGGAGCGCGGAUUUGGCAGCCUUAGAGGUGCCUCAUAAUUCAAAUAUGGCAGUCGUCCCUGCUGGUUUAAACUUCCCAGCAGGGUUCAUUCGAGGCUUUCCUCCUCUGAUGGCAGGAAAUGAACUAGUGCCUGUGAAUGCACUGACAACCUACUAUCCGCCUUCAACACCAACAGCUGCUCUGUUUCCGAGUAUGAGAGCUUUGGAGUCGGUCAGUAGUGAAACCGUCAGCAACGAAAAUACUCCAAUGCAGCUCGCCUUGGAAAAUGUUGAAUCUAACUCGUCCUCAUCUGACGAUGAAGAUGAGAGAAGGAAAUGGGUGCGCAAAGAAGAAAGUUCCAAAUACCAGGCGGUCUAUGUGGGUGAAAGCAUCAUCUCGCUACUGCUCAAGUUGCACUCCAUCCUGAGUGGCGUCCCUGACUCAUUUGACUUAAACGACUGUGAACCUCCAGCGCCAGUGCCAAACAGCCCUCCCCACCCUGCAAGCAACAGCAGGAUUGGGGAUGGCCCAUUUUUCAUAGCUAAGCUCCUGUAUAAAAUUGCUAAAAUGGACCCAAUGUGCAGCGAGUACAUAGCGCAGACAAAGCUUAGGAUUUGGCCAAAGACUGAAGAGGAACAAGAGGCCAAAGAAGCCAAAGAGAGAGAGGAACGGAGAAGGCGAGCCAAAGAGAGGCAGCAAAAGCUGAUGGCAGAGUUUGCCACCAAACAAAAGCAAUUCAUGGAAAAGGCUAGAGAAACAGAAUGUUCUGAGAUGGAUUGGGUAGAAGAGGAAAAUACUGUAAUUAAUACUUUGGAGUAUGACUGUGUAAUUUGUGGCCAAUCGUCACCAAGCACGGAAGAAAAGCCAAUGGGCCUUGUUGUGCUUUUGCAAGCGUCCAGUGUGCUUGGGCAUAGAAAAGGAAAUCCAGAGCCAGAAAUCCUGCCGCUCACAGAUGAAGAUCGCCUCAAAUUUUCAAAAUCAAUUGAAAAUACUUUUGGCAGUGAAUUUGAGAAAAGGGUUGCUCAGCUCAACCGAGAGUUUGAUGGUUCAUCUUGGCAGUUGGCUGUCAACCUGGGUUGCGAAAGCGGUGUUCAUGUGCAAACCUGCGGUCAUCACCUUCACAUGGACUGUCUUCUUGCUUACCUCAAUUCUCUAAUGAGUCAGCAAAGACCAACUAGUUUGGCCGUAGAAAGAGGGGAAUACGCUUGCCCAUUGUGCCGUCAGCUGGCUAACUCUGUUCUGCCGCUUUCGCCAGAAUUGGGUGACUGCUCCAUUUUGGUCAGGUCGCGCAACACCAGCAUGCCCUCUGUGGCUGCAGAAAUUUCUACCCUUCUGCAAGAAAACCCUCCAUCCGUGAGAUCAACUCCGAUCAAGGAAGCCAUGAAUAGGGCAAUGGAGGACAUGGCCAAAAUAACUGAUGGCCACUUCCACCAUUACCACAACGUUGGCAACCCUCCCACGUCGCAGUGUCUGGUCCUCUUUGUAAGUUCGAUUGUGAGAACUAACUUGGAGGUGGACGUAACUCAGAGAGGAGGCACCCUGUGUUCCAAUUUGGACGAAGCUGGUGCUGCUUCGACACAUGCUACCCAACCAAAAAGAUCCUGUCUAGUGCCGCUUCUGCAUGUUUUAGGCAUGCAUGCCAAAAACUUAGCAACUUGGCCGGUUUGGCAGACGUGGCAGCAAGUGGCUGGCAUUGUCAACAGCCAAACAGACCAGGCUGUUGUAAAGACGAUGCAAAAGGAAGUUCCUCUUUUGUUAAAAGACCCUAGUGCCCUUCUUACACAAUUUCUUCUGCUGCUUCCCAUGCGUUUGGAGCAGACUCACUUCACUUGUGUCAUCAAAAGCCUCUUCAACCUUCUGUAUUUUGAGUCCCUAUUGCAAGUAAUCAGCAACCUGUCCGAUAAAUGGCGAGCGCACUUCCACAACCUGAGCACAGUUGAUCUGAGCACCCUAGAAGGCUGUAUCUCUCUGUUAGUCAAUUCGCUCCACACUGGGCAACUUUUCAUGGAUGACUCGGAACUUGGCGAAAGUGCCCGAGAGUUUAACAAAGCAGAAAUUGAGGUUGAAGUGCAGGCCUACUGCUUGCCAUUCCUCAGAAUAGCAGCCCUUCUUCGACACUACCUCUAUGGAGAGGUGCUGCCGGAAGUGGCCUCAGAGGAGAGGGAAUUUGUCCGACUCGUGUACUUCCUAGAACUGGUGACCGACGGUAUGGAAUGGAGUAAAUUCAACGCUGCUGUUGCCCUUAACUGGGCACAUGGUGAUGGCGCUCCAACCACUCCAACAGUAGCACCUUUUGUCACUCUCUCGGCUAAAACCAUUGUUGACGGUUGGUGCCAGGAACUGCUUUCAAUGGCUGCCGUCAGCCAAGUGGCCACUCGGAAUCUGGUCCAACACCACCAACGCUGGCAUCAGCCUCGACUGCUGCGCCUGCCAGACAACUACGACAAAAUAUUCCAGUAUUACCACAGGCGGCAGUGUGUCAAGUGUCACUCUGUGCCACGCGAGACUAGUGUCUGUUUGCUGUGUGGCACCAUGGUGUGUCUCAAGGAAAACUGCUGCAAACAGCAAAAUGUCUGUGAAGCAGUCGAGCACUCAAUGAAAUGUGGCGCGGGCACAGCUAUGUUCCUGGUUGUCACUUCUUCGUACAUUAUUGUGAUUAGAGGCAAGAGAGCUUGCCUGUGGGGCUCUGUGUAUCUAGACAGUUUUGGAGAAGAAGACAGAGACCUCAAGAGAGGAAAGCCGUUGUACUUGAGCCCGGGCAGGUACCAGUUGCUGGAGCAACAGUGGCUCUCCCACAGAUUCGACCACACAAACAAGAAGUGGGUAUGGCAUCGUGACGCUCUGUGAUCCCCGGCAAGAAUCUUCAAGUCCCCAACCGUCCAUUAAGCUUCCCAUGUAUAUGCGGGAAUAAUGUAAUGAUGCUGAGAUUUCUUUCAGCAUCAUGUUAGUCAAUAACUGCAACAGAACUGUUACUAAAAUCUUGGUAUUGUCCAGAUGUUGUCGUAGCUCAAAUGCAAUAUCUGGCUGCUCGGAUGCCUUCCCCUGUAAUCUCGCAGAUCCAAAAACCCCCAAAUGAGAAUGAUUCUUAAGAGCAAAGUAAAAUUCUAUACCAUAUGCAGCCAGAAAUGAGAUUGUCAUUGACAGCAGUCUACUUGUUAAGCUAUUGGGCUACUUUUCUGUUAUGUUUUGCUUAUACACAUAUUAUGAUUUUCUAUUCUGCCUCAAAACUUCAAGCAGCUUCUGUGUCCAAAAUAGUAUGAUGCUCAAUACUGAUAUUCUUAUAAUUUAUAAUCUACUUGUACACACCUGGGAGUCAAAUAAUUAUUUAAUUUUGAUUGCUGCCGACCAAAAUUAACACUGUCAAACACAACACGGUGAAGGCCCUGAACAUAAAUAAGUAACUAUCCUGGAUUGAAGAUUUAUAACUAUGUUGUUAAUCCACUGUGUCUGACAACAGUUGAUGCAUAUUGGUUGUUGAUUGGGAUUUUAAUGUUAUAUUGUAUUAUUCUGCCCCUAAGACAGGGCCUGGAAUUUUCUGUGAUACUGCAUGCACUUGUAUUUCAGUAAUAUAUAUUACAUCUAACUCUUUUAAAAAUAUAAAACUCGUAUAGAUAUUACGCAAACACUUGUUUUCUUUUAACCAUAAUUUAAAUUUUAACAAAUUUUACCAAGUAAUGGCUUUGCCUUUCAAGGAUGU